AUUCGUUCCAUGACACUUCACGGGCCGUGCCCUGGAAGAAAUAUCAGACAUGCCCGGGGUCUAGACCAAGUUAAUGAAGUCCUAGGCUAAUUGACUGAGUUACACUGUGUGCCUCGUGAAUAUACUCUUGGCUCAUUAUCUACUCCGCUCUAGAGCCUGGGGAUCAUACAUUCAGAGAACUACUUCCUAUCGACAUAACUAAGACACGUUGCCAUGGAUACCGGAAGACAAGCAUCAGAGGUUCCCAUCAGGCCCGUCAGGUCGUACACUCAGUACAACGGCUUCUCUAUGCCUGUCACCUUUUUGGACGGCUCCUACUUGACGGCCACAAGCUACGGCCAGGAAGGAGAGGCAACUCUACGAGGGACAAAGCCUGUGAGUCGACCUCGGCCCCAGCAAUUUGAGAAGACUUCCUUACCCCAGUUAAGCCCAAGGCAUCAGGUUACGACCCAUUACGUCCACGACCAUGGCGUAUUUACUUCCACCAUGCCACGGAUCACCGGAAAUUACGUCAUUCACCCGGACUGGGUAUCAGAAAAACCUCGGCUGAGAAGAACAAGAUCUCUGAGACAACUCUAAACCAACAAACAAACAACUCGAUCUAGUUUCUUGACUCGAUUAGGUCUUCAAUGCAACAUCUCCUAGUCUAGCCUGUCAACUAGUCUUCUAGUCAUAGUGACCAUCCAAUGAAUUUGUUUCUAUGAUUGUGAUGGUAUAUAGACUACAUUGUAUUUCUCUGUGAUGUAUCUACAUGUCGUGCAGAGUGAGUGUGUUCUAACUUAGAUCUAUGUGUGUUAGCUUGGGACUGCGGGACUGCGUGUAAGUGAAACAAAAAAUGUUGGAAAGAGGAUGCCACUACGCAUGUGUGUAACAAUUUAUUUGAAUAUUUUAAUCAGGAAGUAGUCGACAUUAACUCAAUCAAAAUCUAACUUGUGGCCAACCUCCUCGCAGCAAAUGUCAGCUGACCAUAAUAACAGAUGUCAGUUGACCAUCAGAGUAAAUGUCAACUGACCAUUAGAGAAAAUGUCAGCUGAUUAUUAGAACAUGUUGGAUAAUUGAAAGCUCCUAAAAAACAAAAGAAAAAAAAAUAACAGCAUUUUCUUGGACUUAAACUCGAGAUUAUCGCUUUUGUUGUAGUGAUACAGCAUUUUGGUUCUGCUGAAAAUUAUGUAAAUCACUGUCCACAAGAGGCAUCACACCGUAGUCAUACGUCAAUAUAAGAGGAAAAAAGGGAGAAUGUAUAUAUAGUUAUGAAAGUAUUCCUUUGUGUACUCCUGAAAUUAUUUCCCCCUCAGACAGACAUAAGAACUUAACAGAAACACAAGUACCGUAUAAUCAGCACACUGUAUGGUAGUGGUGAACAAUGUAUAGGAAUAACACCCUUUCAUUUAUUUAUUUUUUUCAAUGAGACAGUUUUAGACCAAUAAUUAGUAACAGAAAAUGUAGCUACAAGAAGAAGAAUACAUUUUAGUGCUAAACAGAAGAAAGCAAUAGACUAUAUAUGUAACUAAAUUUAUUUAUUUUUAAAUCCAAACCAUACCAGAACAAACGGAACAUUAAUAAUAAAGUCAAUAUAGCCAGAACAAUGUUGAACUAUACAUCCAGAUUCCCUUGUGUAUAGACUCCCAGUGUUGGGACCACGCUAGAACCCCAACUUAAUGUCAUGAAGACUGACCCCAACUCUCAUCACAUACACUUAUGACGGAUAGGAGAAAAAAAUGUAUUAUUGAAUGAUGUCAUGCGCUACCUAAAAAAUAAAGCGUUAUUUCGAAAUGAGAAUUUGUAUAAUUUCAAAGGAUCAAAUUUAAAAAUCAUGAAUUUUUUAAAGGUGAAACGUAUUUUCAAGGAAUCGUUUCGUGUUUUCACUAUUUCGAAAAAUUAUUAACGUUUCAUUUUGAUAUGCCGAUUGAUUCCUUAACCAGUCUAAAUAUAAUCUGUGGAUCUACGGACUUAGGACUCGUGUUCAAUUGACCUUGCUGCAGCGGUACGAGGUAUAGAUUUGAAAAUAAAGGGCCUACCUGACACCGAGAUUAUCAGAUUGCCAAAGGCCUUGCUCUCGUGUUGCCGCUUACACUUUGGGUUCAUGUCUAUGAGCAAAUAUCUAGUUUCUCCUGAAAUGUAGUUUUGAAAUUUUCAUUUUUUAAUUUAUAAGGUGUCUAGUUUUAUUUACUUAGGCUUACGACUUUGCGUUUAAUUAAAUGUUAUCUCUUAAGUCCUAUAACUGACGCUUUGUGCGGUGGCAUAACAACCGUUGAGAGUUGAUCAUAGUUCAUUAAAUAGAGUAGGCCUCUGCCCCUCCCUUGGGUUUCUGAGAUUUGUCUGCUAGUAAACGUGAUGAAUGUGUGUUUGUGUUUGGGUGUAGGAAAUAUAUAUAUAGAUAUGUGUGUGUAUGUGUAGGUGUGUGGUUUGUAUACGAAAUUAUUUACUUUAUGUAUAUAUAUAUGCCAUACUUUAUAUCAAAAAAUCCUGUAUAAUUGUUCAUUGUUUAGUAUUAACUCAUGUCUAUAUUGUACAUAUCUUUAGUAUUCCUACAAAACAGCAGUUAACAGAAAAAUAAAUAAGAGAGAGAGAGAGAGAGAGAGUUAAGUCAGAUUAUUUAUACAUUUACAAAAUCCAUGAAAAAAAAAAACUUAAAAAUAUUUUCUAUAAACAUGGGAGAAUUUUACAUUUCAUAAAGGCUUAACACAGAAAAUGUUAUAAUAGAACUGCGACUAUUUCUACAGACUAAACUGGUAUCGAUUAUAAGUACUACAUCAUCAAUUUAAUAUUUCACAUUUUCUGUUCUAGAGGUUCGUGUGUUUUUACUUUAUUUAUCGAGUGCUUUGUGCCUUUCUAUGUACACAUAUUUAUGUAUACCAUUCCAGUAUUAAUGUUGUACAGACACGACGUGUGUGUGUGUGUGUGUGUGUGUUUUCCUAGACCUGUCUUAGCCUAGUCCUUGAGUGUGAUGGUUUCAAUAAACUGACUUUGUCACACA